AGAAAAGGAGUGGUUCGCUGGCGACGGUUUCAGAGAGAGAAACUCCUCCUUAAAGAAACAAAGAAGACACCCGUUCUAGUCACCAUUUGCCAGGGUGGAUGAAAACGACGAACACCGCUGCCCAGAUGAUCGCCCAGCCAUCGCGCUCCCUUCUCACUGCAGCCGUCCUCGCCGUCCUCCUCUACCUUCUCGUGCGGCACUUCUUCCACGCCCCAGACGACGCCAGAAAGCCCAGGCAAAUCAAAAAAGGCGGCCAAAAUGUGAGCGACAGCAGCGCGGAUAAGCUAAACCAUCGAAAACCCUAUAAAGGCACCGCCCCACAGAAAAUCGAUGUCUUCACACAACAGGUGUGCGCUGCGUUUCCUGACGUGUCAGCUGAAGCUGCGCGGCGCCUUUUUCCUCGCAAGUUCGAAGUGCACGGACACGUCGUUGUUGUGCGUCUCAACGAGGGCACGACAGAGGCGGAGCUGCAGCCGCUGGCUUCGUAUUUCGCCGCCGCCUUUUUUCCUGUGCUGGUGGACGUCGUCCUGUUGGAUGUGGAGGGCAUUGUGGGCGAGCUGCGCCAGCCGUCGCUGCACAUUCUUUACCAGUCCGCGACGGCGCUGACAGACUACGCCGCCUCGCUGCGUCGCACCCUGCGGCGCCGCUGGGGCGAUGCCCGCAAAGUCGCGCUGCCGGUCCGCAGUGUGUCUGCGACGGAGCUGGAGACCAUCCUCACCAAGUGGACCACCUCCCCCACCUACACCACGCACGUUGAGAACGGAGUGCUGUUCAGCCUCGACGUGUCGCGGGUGAUGUUCAGCAGCGGCAACACCACAGAGCGAAUGCACUUUGCCACCGUGGACGCGGCGGGCGAGACAGUCGUCGAUAUGUUCUGCGGCAUCGGCUACUUUACGUUGCCCCUCGCAAUGAACGGCAAGGUGAGGGCGAUUUACGCCCUAGAGAAGAAUCCAGAUAGUGUAGAUUUUAUUAAAGUCAAUGCGGUGUUGAAUAGGGUGGAUCACGUGCUUUACCCGAUUUGCGGCGAUAAUCGUGUGGUGGGCGAUGAGGCGGUGGGCAAGUGCGAUCGGGUACUGAUGGGCUACAUUCCCACCUGUAAGUCAUUUCUGCCACGCGCGCUGUCGUUCUUGAAGCGGAACGAGGCUGGCCGAAGCGUGGGCGCGAUUCACUACCACUUUCUCGCCGAUAAGCCGCAAGCCGCGCAGGAGGCGAUGCGGGACGUGCGAGAGGAGCUGGGGGCGGAGGUGGCGGCCGCCGUCAGCCUUGCUGAUCUGCGCUGCGUCAAGUCGUACGCGCCGAAGCGCUUCCACUAUGUGGCGGAUCUCGUGUUCAGUUAA